CUCCCGCUCAUUGACUAAGCCUGAGCUCUCCCUGCCCUCCCCACGCACGCAAGCGCACCACCUGGCCGAAGCACCCACCCGGCCGCCCCCCUGCCCCGGAGGUGCUUGAAGACUGCUCGGAGAAGUUUUGGGUCUGGGAUCCGAUUCGAGCGCUUGUUACUGAUCCCCCCUCCCCCCCAUCCCACGAAGCAGAAGCGGGAGAGCGCAGAAAAGAAAACGGAACACCCCGGGCUGUAGAACAUCCCGCUUCACUCCACGCGCCGCUCUUAGGGCCAGGGAGCUGCAGGGAAGAGUCUCUAGGGUGCCUUCGGCUGGGUGCUUCCGGUUUCUCGGGUUCAGGUCAGCGGGUGGGUAACGCCGCCCCCGAAGGCGAUCCUCCGUCAAGGGUCUCCCUCGUCCUCCUCCCCCCACCCCCCGCGGUCGGGAUGGUCGACGUAUUCAGCGGGCGGUUCCUCACGAACAAGGACGGGCACGUGGUGGACCCCGAGGAAGCCCUGCAGAACAAGGUCGUGGGCUUGUACUUCUCGGCCGCAUGGUGCUCCCUCUGCCGGGAAUUCACCCCGGUCCUGUGCGACUUCUACGGCGCCUUGGUGGAGGAAGCGCCGUCGCCGGCCCCUUUCGAGAUCGUCUUCAUCUCCUCCGACCGCAGCUCCGAAGAGAUGUCGGAUUACAUGCAAGACAUGCACGGCGACUGGCUGGCGCUGCCUUUCCACGACCCGCUGAAGCAUGAGUUGAAAAAGAAGUACAACAUCACAGCUAUUCCUAAACUUAUUAUUGUGAAACAAACUGGAGAAGUCAUCACUGAUAAAGGCAGAAAACAUAUUCGAGAGAGAGGGCUCAACUGCUUCCGAAACUGGGUUGAGGGGGCUGAUGUCUUUGAGAAUUUCUGUACUUGAACCAGUGGUGGGAUAUGUAGGGGAGAUCACUUUGCUAUACAUUUUGUAAAUCAAGAGUUCUCAUUGUUGCAACUUGAUCAAAAGAGGACAUGACAGUUGCCUCAUUCCAUGCUUUUUGCUUUUUUUCAUAUUCUGCAUAGCUGGAAUAUUUAAGCAUUUCUGUGCUUAAAUACAAUGCUUGUAUUCUGUAUUAUUAUUGUUAUUGUUUUUGUUAUAUAGAAUAUGACCAAAGCAUUUCUGAUAUCAUUGAAGAGUUCACUGAAGGUCAGAUGUGUAUAGUAGGGCUAUUUCUGACAUUUAUAAAGUGGAGCCUCUCAAAUCUAUGCAAGCACUUUAUUUUUGCAAAAGAAAACUUUAUAUUUCUUAAUCAGAAGACUUUUGAGA